AUGGGUUUGAGGAAUUGUUUUCAAUUCAUUUUGAUGGAGAAUGGGCAAAAUCUUGUGGAAAAAAAUGGUAUACUUCACUGUUAUACCAAAGGAUUUAGACCGUGGAAAAAACGUUGGCUAAUAUUGCAAGAUAAUUUAUUAACUAUUUAUUCAGAUUCUCGUCACGAACAUUUAGAAAACAUAAUAGAUCUGAAAAGUUUGAGCAUAUCGAUUACCAGUAAAAAUGAACCGAUAUCUAGCAAAGGCUACGCAUUUAAAAUCUAUGAUCCUGAAGAACCGUUAGUUAAACCCUUAUAUUUGGCAGCAGAUUGUAAAAGCGCAAUGACUCAAUGGAUUAACGCACUGCGUUUAUCGUCAUCCAUUGUCAAUGACAUUCUAAUUAGUACCGCAUCACCCGAAGUACCUACGGCAGAUGAUAAUAAGCGUGAUGUUAUUUUGCACAAAAAUCAUCUAAUAAUCGAUUCAUUACAACAACGGUCAUAUCGGCCACAACAUCGACAAAUAUUACGUUCGAUGGAUGAAAACACGGAUUAUGAUCAUCAAUCAGCAUUUCAACGUCCUUUUCAACAUCAGAGUCGGCCAAAAUCAGCUGGAACGUAUCAAAGCAAUUGGACAACAAAUAAUAAUAGUGACACUAAUUCAUUUGGUUUUUAUCCUCAACAUGUUGAGAAUGAUUCGUUGUUUCUGUCUUCAGUUAAUUCCUAUGAUCCACUACGACGUACACAAAGUUCGCAAUUACUUGAUGAUCGUAAUACAAAUAUAACAACAUCAAGAUCAAAAACGAACAAAACUUCUAACAAUAACGUUCUUAUUGAUGAUGAUAUUAGUGGUGAUGAUGAACAACAGUUGUUAAGAUUUCAACGUUACAAUGAUAAUAAUUCAUAUACGCGUCAAUCAUUAUCGAAGCGACAAAACCGAAAAACAACUGAAUCGAAUUAUCAAGGAGGUGGUGAUAAUGAUAUGAAUCUAUUCAAUAAUGAACGAUUAGUCGAUUCAUUCGGUAGAAAUAACUCACAUCAUAGACGAUUUAGAUUACGUACACCAACAAUUAAAAAUAAAAAUAAAAAUAAUAAUCGAGUAAACGUUGACGAGACGAGUGACGAUAAUUAUGGAUUUGGUUUUAGACCAAAUAGUAAUAAUAAUAAUAAUGAAUCAAAAGUCGUUGAAGAAGAUCGAGAAGCAAGAUGGCCAUCAUCCGAUUUUGCCGUUGUUGAUCGUCUAGUAUUGGGACCAGCUGCAUCCGUUUUAGAUACGAGACAGCAGAAAUCACGUGUUAUAGACAAUAGUGCCUUCGAUUAUAUGAAUACGCGAUCGAGACAAUCGUCAACAAGAUCUAUUCUACGUGGUCGGUCGAAAUCAAUUGGAGAUUUUUCACAGAAGGCAAAUUUUAAUGAUGUUACUUAUAACUUAAACAAUUCAGGUUAUGUACGAACACGCACCGAAAAUGAAUUAUUAGCGUGGCAAAAUAGAAUGCUUCAGAGAGAACAACGUGGACCAUCUCGACCUCCACUUCCCAAUGGUUAUCAAGUAACAGGUCCAAAAGCGAAUCUUAAUUCAUCUUAUUCAUCUAGUCGUUACAACGAUCGUCUAAUGCCUUCCAACCGUCCAGUAUCAGCGACAUCAAGUUUAAGUGUUGGAAGUCAAAGAUUUGAUUAUAAUCAUCACGAUACCUUGUCGAGAUCUGCUCGUGUCGUCAAACGUCAUAUAGAAUUACUUUAUCACUUACAAUCAUUUUAUGAAAGAAUUGUCGAACAAUUAUAUAACGGAAGCGGACGAAAUAGUUUAGCAAAUAAAACGUCUCAUUCUGUAUAUUUUACACACUGUCGUAAAGUAUCGGAUCAAUUAGACCGUUUGAAACCGAAUUGGGAAAGAAAAAUUAAUGAUUUACAACGGUUAUUAAAAGAAAUUCCUAUGUUAAAUAACACUGAUGAAUGGCCAACGAUAAAAAGUGAGAAUUCCAGAACACCAUCGUUUCUUCAACGACGUUCAAUGUUAAAAACAUUAUAUCACUCAUUAGUUUCUCGUGGUAGUCUCGAUGAUACUCAUCUAUCUGUGCUGAAUGAUAUUGACCAUGUAUUAAACGAAGACAAUAUUUGUCUACAAUUAGAAGAUGAAUUAACAUCUUUACUUCAACAUCAGUCGUUGUUAAAUGAAUAUUGUUCAUUAUUACAAUGGAAUUACCAAAUUUACUCAAUAAAUGAACAAAAUCGUGUUGAAAAUUUAUUACCAAUAUUACGUGAUCAAUCAAUAUCAGCCGAUGGUUAUGUAGCACAUGUUAGUCAGCAACUAACAGAACUUGUGAGUAGUUUACGUUCAUUGGAAAAAUAUAUUCUGUCGUAUGUAAACACAAUUCCACAGUUCAAUAUUGAUGAUGAAUAUCAUCAUUAUCAUUCGUCUCCACGUUCCUAUACGGAGACAGAUUUGGAUACAUUACAAGCGAGAAAUUUACCUAAUAUGACGAGCAAAGACGCAAAUGCUAUACGAUUUUCAAAGCAAGAUAGAUGGUCACCGUUUAAAAAUCAAAAUAACAAUAACAACAAUAAGAAAGAUAAUCGCUCCCGAAUAGCUACUGUUAAGCCAGCUCGACGAUUAGAUAACAACAAUAAGUGUGUAGGAAUUUUGAAAUCAACACAACAACAGCGAUACAAUGUUAAACAAGAUUUUGACAGUGAUACAAUUGACAAAGAGAUCUUUAAACCAGACAAAGUGGACAUUCCAGAGCGACUGGUUGAUUUUGAAAAUGAAGAGCGAUUGACAACCGCUGAAAAAUUAGCACGAUUAAAGAAAAAAGAGGAACUACGAAAAAUGUUAUCGAAACAAAGUGUUCAAGAAAUGAGUGACAAUGAGUUUAGUGAUACUCAUGGAACACAAUCAUUUCUGCAUAAACGACAUGAAGAAGUAAAAAAUCGUGAAAAGGCAUUAGAUUUACAAUCAGCGAUCGCGUUUGAAGCUAAACAAAAAAGUCGUCAAGUAGCUGCAAAACACUAUUUAAAUAAAACCUAUCAACGAUCCGCACGUCUGGAUGAAGAAAUGGACAAUUAA